AUGCCUCCCAUCACGUUCCAGGACCUGCCGCUGAACAUCUACAUGGUCAUUUUUGGCACCGGCAUCUUUGUCUUUGUGCUCAGCCUCAUCUUCUGCUGCUACUUCAUCAGCAAACUGCGGCACCAGGCUCAGAGCGAGCGGUUCGGGUACAAGGAGGUGGUUCUGAAGGGUGAUGCCCGGAGGCUGAACAUGCACGGGACCUGUGCCGUCUGCCUGGAAGAUUUCAAGGUGAAGGAGGAGCUGGGGGUGCUGCCGUGCCAGCACGCCUUCCACAGAAAGUGA